ACCUCGCUCCGAAAGUUGUCAUUCGAAUUAUUCCAUCGACAGUCGACAGACGCUCCACACUGUUCUUGUGUUAUAUUAAUUUUGCACACUAGGCUACCUUUCAUUAUUAUAAAGUCAUGUCUGACGUUGCUGUUGCUACCACCCCAGCCAAGGCUGCACCCAAGAAGAAGGCUCCAUCCAAGCCAAAAGCUCCCGCUGCUCACCCUCAGUACAAGGUGAUGGUCGCUGCCGCCAUCUCUGCACUGAAAGAGCGCGGUGGUUCAUCUCGCCAGGCUAUCCUCAAGUACAUUAUUGCCAACUACAAAGUCGGGGAUAACCCAACUGCCGUCAACGCUCGUGUCAAGACUGCUCUGAGAGCUGGUGUCAAAGAUGGCACUCUAAAACAAGCAAAGGGCACUGGUGCUGCUGGUUCUUUCCGUCUGGGAGACAAGAAAGUUGAGAAAAAACCCGUCAAGAAAGUUGCCAAGAAACCCAAAUCUCCUAAGAAAGUUGCCAAGAAACCCAAAUCUCCCAAGAAAGUCGCAAAACCCAAGAAGCCAAAGUCUCCAAAGAAGGCUGCUGCCACUGCCAAGAAACCGGCCGCUAAAAAAGCUGCUGCCAAGCCUAAAAAAGCUACCAAGAGCCCUGCCAAGAAGGCUGCCAAGCCUAAAGUAGCCAAGAAGCCAGCAGCAAAGAAAGCUGCCGCCAAGCCCAAGAAGUCCGCAGCUAAGAAGUAAAUUGGUUUUGUUCCAGUUUCGCGGCUGACUGGUCCUUUUCAGGACCACCCCA